CCGCUUCCUCCGGCGUCUCUUUCACUUCCUUCUCGGGUCCCGCAGCCGCCGCCACCCCCAGCGCCCCCGCCGUGGGGAGGGGACCCAGGUCGCCGUAGCGGGACGGGGGCCGGCGGGACGGAGGGGGGCGUCUGGGCCCCCCAGGGGCUGGCCGGGGGGGCCGGGGCGGGACAAUGCAGAGCAUCAAGUGCGUGGUGGUGGGCGACGGGGCCGUGGGGAAGACCUGCCUCCUCAUCUGCUACACGACCAACGCCUUCCCCAAGGAGUACAUCCCCACGGUCUUCGACAACUACAGCGCGCAGAGCACCGUGGACGGCCGCACCGUCAACCUGAACCUGUGGGACACGGCCGGCCAGGAGGAGUACGACCGCCUGCGCACCCUCUCCUACCCGCAGACCAACGUCUUCGUCAUCUGCUUCUCCAUCGCCAGCCCCCCGUCCUAUGAGAACGUCAAGCACAAGUGGUACCCGGAGGUGUGCCACCACUGCCCCGACGUGCCCAUCCUUCUGGUGGGCACCAAGAAGGACCUGCGGGCUCACCCCGACACCCUCAAGAAGCUCAAGGAGCAGAGCCAGCUGCCCAUCACCCCCCAGCAGGGCCUGGCACUGUGCAAGCAGAUCCACGCCGUCAAGUACCUCGAGUGCUCGGCCCUGCAGCAGGAUGGCAUCAAGGAGGUGUUCGCCGAGGCCGUCCGGGCUGUGCUCAACCCCACCCCCGUCAAGCGGGGUCGCUCCUGCUUCCUCUUGUGACCGGCCCUGGGGGCGAGGGGCUCGCCCCGUCCCGCUCACCGUCCGAUCUGCCCCCCGCCCGUCGCCUCCUGCCCCCCUGCCCCGCUGCCGACCGUCCUGUUGAGCUUCAGAACCCGAGCUCCCGGCAAGUGGAGGGGUGGGGUUUUCUGGGAACGGGGCGGAGGGGGGGCGGGAGGGGGGCGGAGGGCAGGGCCCAGGUCCCUGGGCAGGAUCCUCCACAGCCUCAGCCCUCCCUAGAAGUGCCCCCUCCUGCCCCUCUCUCUGGGUGCCCCGGGGUGGGAAGCGAUACAGUCCAUCCCAGGAGAGGGGGUUCGGCGCCAUCCUCCGUCCUCCUCCCUCCUUCCCUGUUUCCUGUGGGAUUCUCCUUCCCUAAGGUCAGGAGGCCAGGGGGGAGCGGAAAAGGAAUUUGAGGCCCCCUGAGACCAGCAGCAGAAGCAUCAGCCCCCUCCCCACCCUCCCCCUCUGAGGAAGGCAAUUUGCUUUGCUUUCCAGCUGAGACUCCACCUCACCAGCCCACCCACUAACCCAGGGAGCGUCCCACUUGAGCUCCCUGCACCCUCCCAGCCCUUACCCCCCACCCCCUAGGGUGAGAGCUCUGCCCACUCUCCCUGCUCAGCUGCUCCCAGCACCUCAGAGGCAGGCCUGGGGUCUGAGGAGCAGACCAGGAUCCUGAGAAGAGGGCGGGAGGGGCAUGGGGCAAGUGUUGCCUCCCUCCCCUCCCCCGCGUAAAAGUCUCCCUCCCGGCCUCGCCCCAGCUCCCUGAGCGCCUCUGCUUGUCGAAGAAGAGAGGGUAGGGUGAAACCAGCCCCCACAUCUCAGCUAUGUCAAUAAACCAGUAUUCAACUUGGUCA